AUGCCAAGAGAGCGCGCCAUGCCAUUGGUGCCCGAACCGUUCUCGAGUAGCAUCAUAUCUAUGGGCUCCCUCUCCAUGAGAAACCUCUUCUUGGGAAACAAAGGAAUGCCAAAUCUUUGGGCCGAAUUCUGCCCCAAUCUCAAUAUACCACAAUAUCGAGAGACCUUAAGCAAGGAAAAACAAGAAGAGCUUGACAAAAGGGCGUCUAAAUUGAAAAAGCGAGCAAUCUCCAAUCAUUAUUACUCGUCCUCUGAGUUUAGUUGGGAAGUGUCCGCCUGGAACGAUGCGUUUGGCUUGCUGUAUGAUGACGAAAGGUUCCGAAUAGAUAAAAGACCGUACGAGUUUUUGGACGUUGACAAGGCUGGGAAAAAGACUGUUAAAAAAAGAAUUCCAGAUGCGACAUUUGGUUUAAGAAGCUAUGAUGAUUUUUUUCUCAAACGUGGAUACAUUUGCGAUACACCAGACUGCAAAGAGGAUCAUACGACUAUGCAGCCUGAUAAGCGGCUUCUGGAUGGCGACUUGCAAUCCAUGAUGCACGAUCCUCAGUGUGGCCUCAUUGUGGAUGGUGUCUGGGGCAAAACUGAGCUCUUGUUUCCUUUUGCAGUUUAUGAAGCCAAGAAAAGAGCAAUAAAUUCCACCCAGGCUGAGGAUCAAAUUCAUCAUGCUUGCCGGACAUACCUUGCUAUGUUAGAUGACUUGGUUCGAAAUCCUGACAACGUUGCCGAGUACCAGACGGAAGAGAGCUCCAAGUAUCAGCUCUUUGCUUUUACAUCCUGCGGUUCGUAUUGGCAAGUCUUCGUGUCCUGGAAUAUGCGGAACGACUGCAUGGUUGAGACGAUAUGGGAAGGAGAUGUUAAAGAAUGGGGUCGAGCCUUUGAUCUGAUAUGCAUAGUGGACCAAAUUCAGGAUUUCGCGGUGCACCAUCAUCGCCCGUUCGUUAUGAAGCACCUAGAAGCGUGGCACACCCGACACCAGAAGACGAAAAACCCUGCCAAAGGGGUUAUUCAGCAAACCAAUGCUACGACGGCAUACAUGGACGUACCCGAUGAAGAUUCGGUCAAAGUUGACUCUAACCCCCUCGACGGCGGUAAUACCUCGCUUGACCCUCAUGCAGAUUUAGACACGAAAGACUCCGUUUUAAUUGACGAAGAACUGGCUUACCUCAACUCUAUCACGCCUGCAUGGUUCCUCCUUAAAUCAGCUACGGAGUUUAUCAGACGGGACACGUCAAAUGAAACACGACGACGCAAUCGAAGUCUUCGUGAAGCUGCGCGAGCUUCCGAAGUCGCAAAAGAAGCUGAAAAGGAAGCUGCAAAGGAAGCUGCAAAGGAAGCUGCAAAGGAAAUUGUAAAUGAAGCUGCAAAAGAAACUGACACAACUCCGGCGCGAGGUCGGCCUCCUAAAACUACCUAUAAAAUCACCAAAGCUAAAAAGUCACCUAAACAAGGACGACCACGAGGUCGGCCCCCAAAGCCAAUGUGA